GUUAAAAGAAAAAAAAAGAAGAAAUAUUAGUGGCAAAUGGAUCCGCCAAAUUCUGCCGGCUCUUAGACCGCAAGCACCACCGAAUUCGAUUCCGAUUCAUCAUUCGUCGGAAAAUUUCGUUUCUCAGGUCGAUCACGCCGCCGUCUCAUCUUAACAGCAAAUUUGGGACUUAAUUUGAAUUCAAUCGAUUCGACUGGGCAUCCAUCUUCAUAACAAUGGCGGAAUUUCUCGAUUUGGAAGCACAAGACGGCGUCCGGAUGCCGUGGAAUGUGAUGCCGGGGACGAAGCAAGAAGCUAGCAACUGCAUAGUUCCAGUUUCCGCCUUGUACACGCCGAUCAAAGCGUUCCCGAACAUGCCGGUGCUACCUUACUCUCCGCUUCGGUGUCGUACUUGUCGCUCUAUUCUCAAUCCUUUUUCCAUUGUUGAUUUCGCUGCGAAGAUCUGGAUCUGUCCCUUUUGUUUUCAGCGGAAUCAUUUCCCUCCUCAUUACGCUUCUAUUUCCGACGAUAACCUUCCGGCCGAGCUAUUCCCGCAAUAUACUACUAUUGAAUACGAGUCCACUGGGGAAACGCCGUCUUCGGUUCCUCCGGUGUUCAUGUUUGUGUUGGAUACUUGUAUAAUUGAAGAGGAGAUUGCAUUUUUGAAAUCUGCUUUGUCUCAGGCUGUUGAUCUUCUUCCUGAUAAUUCGUUGGUUGGACUCAUUACGUAUGGUACUUUUGUUCACGUUCAUGAAUUGGGGUUCGGUCAGAUUCCGAAGACGUUUGUUUUUAAGGGCACCAAGGAUGUGUCCAAGGAGCAGCUUCUGGAGCAGAUGAACUUCUUCCUCAAGAAGCCCAAGCCCCCUACUGGUGUUAUUGCUGGUGCUAGAGAUGGACUUUCAACUGAGAGUAUUGCUCGCUUUUUGCUGCCUAAGUCUGAGUGCGAAUUUGCUCUCAAUUCAGUUUUGGAGGAGCUACAGAAAGACCCUUGGGGAGUUCCAGCGGAUCAGCGAGCCCCGAGGUGCACUGGGACUGCCCUCAGCAUUGCCGCCAGCUUGCUAGGCGCUUGUGUUCCUGGUUCAGGAGCAAGAAUCUUAGCGUUUGUUGGUGGGCCGUCGACUGAAGGACCGGGUGCCAUUGUAUCUAAAAAUUUAUCUGAACCAAUUCGGUCUCACAAGGACCUGGAUAAAGAUUCUGCCCCGCAUUUUCAUAAAGCAGUUAAGUUUUAUGAGGGACUCUCAAAGCAGCUAGUUCAUCAAGGACAUGUACUUGAUCUUUUCGCUUGUGCUCUUGAUCAGGUCGGCAUUGCUGAACUUAAAGUUGCAGUUGAAAAGACUGGAGGGCUUGUUGUGCUUGCCGAAAGUUUUGGCCACUCUGUUUUUAAGGAUUCCCUUAAACGUGUUUUUUCUGGUGAAUAUGAUCUCGGCUUAUCAUCAAAUGGUAUAUUUGAGAUCAAUUGCUCAAAGGAUAUCAAAAUUCAGGGGGUAAUUGGUCCCUGUGCAUCUCUUGAAAAGAAAGGUCCUUUGAGCUCAGACACUGUCAUUGGUCAAGGAAAUACAAGUGCAUGGAAAAUGUGUGGUCUUGAUAAAGCAACAACUUUGAGUCUCAUAUUUGAAAUUGUUAAAAAAGAGAACUCGGAUGCUGCUGUUCAAUCUGCCAGCAAUCAGUUUUACUUUCAAUUUUUGACGUAUUAUCAGAAUAACAAUGGUCAAAUGAGGCUCCGUGUUACAACCCUUUCUAGAAGAUGGGUUGCUGGACCUGGAAGCAUACAGGACUUGAUUGCGGGGUUUGACCAAGAAGCUGCUGCUGCAGUCAUGGCGCGUCUAGUUUCCUUCAAGAUGGAGAAUGAGGCAGAGUUUGAUCCUAUAAGAUGGUUGGAUAAAUCAUUGAUUCAUCUUUGUUCCCGUUUUGGAGAUUAUCAGAAAGAUACUCCAUCUUCCUUCAGCUUAUCUCCACGUUUCUCAAUAUUCCCUCAGUUUAUCUUUCAUUUACGACGAUCUCAGUUUGUGCAGGUUUUUAAUAACAGUCCUGAUGAGACUGCGUACUUCAGAAUGAUCCUGAACCGUGAGAAUGUUGCUAAUUCUGUUGUAAUGAUCCAACCGUCAUUGAUUUCUUACACAUUUCAUUCAGCCCCAGAACCAGUUCUUCUUGAUGUAGCUGCCAUUGCAGCUGACAGGAUUCUGCUAUUGGAUGCAUAUUUCACUGUUGUUAUCUUCCACGGAGCAACUAUUGCCCAAUGGAGAAAAGCUGGAUAUCACAAUCAGCCGGAACAUCAGGCGUUUGCUCAGUUGCUGCAAGCUCCACGUGAUGAUGCAGAUGCAACAAUUAAGGAGAGAUUUCCAGUACCACGUCUGGUGAUCUGUGAUCAACACGGCUCCCAGGCACGUUUCCUUCUGGCAAAGCUGAAUCCAUCAGCCACCUAUAACACUGAAUCUCCCCUUCCAGGUGGAGAUAUCAUCUUCACCGACGAUGUCAGUUUCGAAGUCUUCUUGGAUCAUCUACAGAGAUUAACCGUUCAAUAAGAACACACAGGUGGGAUUUCUUCAGUUUUGUAACAUGGCUUCUAGUUUGUAUAGUAAUUGUUCCGUUUCUAUUGAGUGCACAUUUUGCAUUAGCUCAUUGCUCUUUUACAAAGAAAAACUUAGAUGCUUUUUCACCCUUUGAUGUUUUUAAAUUUAUGAACGUAAGGAAGGGUACGUUUAGGUUAGUGCUCUGAUCAAAUUUGGUUUCUGGUGUAAUCCAGCAAUCAUAGGAAGAAGGUUUAUCAAGUUUUGUAAUUUUUGUUGAAUAGGAAAUUUUAUGAAUAAGAUGAACUUUGCUGUCAAAAUCAUGUAUUCUUUUAUAUUCGAGUA